AUGGUUGACGAGAAUUCUCGACCUCAAGAAGCGGAAGCUGCCAAGAAGAAAGUGGACGCCAGGCUGGAAGAAUGCGGACGAAAGGCUUCGGCCUUUUGUAAUAACCUAGCCACUAAGCACAAUAAAUUUGGAAAUAGCGACACAAUUAAACAAUUUAAUGAUAAGUUGCGUGAUAGAGUGUUACAUGUUCGUGGCACAAUAGAGUAUGAGAAGGAGCGGCUGGCGAGGGAGCAAAAGCAGCGGGAGGAGGAGUUGAAGGCGACGACGGAGAAGAUUAAGAGCGUGUUGAAAGAGCGUGAGACGGAGGUAAAUGCGCACAUUUGUAGAGAAGUAACUGCGGUUGUGCGGGAGGUGAAAGAUAAGUUUCGGAGCAUCUUGGCUGAACUUGAGAGAAUUAGUCAGACACUGAGACAGCGCGUCGUGAACUUGGGAAAAUGGAUUGAACAUGCGGAUGCCGCCGUUAAGGCGGCGUUGACACAAGUGGAAAAGAUAUUAGAUGUUGUUAAUGAGAAUAAUUUAAGUAGCCAUCCCGCGCUGAUUAAAUCGGCAGUGCAGCAGAUUGAGUCAGCUGUCUUGGUACUUCAUAGCUCUGGGGAGGCUGCCAGGAAGGAAGUCAAAGAAAAAGUUACCGCCGCCCUCGAGGCCGUGAAAGAGAUGGACGACGAGCUGAAGAAGGAUUUGUAUAAUGUUAAGGAUAAUAUCAAGCGGGCGAUUACACAGUUGGCUGGUACGUUGGACACCAAUGUAAGGGAGGGUUUGACGGGGAUGGAAAAGAGUAUUACUGGGCCGCUUGGGAAGAUUGUGGCGAGCUCGACGAGUUUUGAUGAGGCUUUUAGGAAGACGAAAGAAGUUCUUACGGAGGCGGUCGGUAUAGUGGCUGGGGACAUCGGAAAUCUUAAAGGGCUUACGGGUCUUAAUACUAUCGGUAAGGAUUUUGACAACAAACUCAAGUUAUUGAAAGCGAUUAGGGGAGGGAAGUCCUUCGAUAAGAUAAAUGAAUACUUCACGAAUAUUGAGAAGAGCAUUAUGACGCCUAUAAAGGAUGCCAUGGAUAAGAUAACGAAGGCAUGGGAUACCAUUAUUGGCUACGGUAGUGAUACCUAUGUAAAACAUGCCAUUACAGUCGAUCGGAAACGACUUAAGGAGGAACUUCUUACACCACUUUCAACACUCAAAGGUAUUGUUGAUGGCAGUGGUCCGGAAUUCAAGCUCCAGGAACUUCAAAAGAAUCUCAAGGAGGUUGGUCUUGAACUUAACGGUGUUACGGAGCUGAAAUCCAAGCUUAAAAACUUUUCAACAACUAUCACCACGAUUGCAACGCCUGGUAACAAUAUAUCCAAGGACGAAGCAAAAAAUCUACUCACCGAUCUUGGUAACAUCGCCAAAGCCGUAUCUGAGCACUCGCGUGAGGUCGUCGAAAACGUCAUGACAGAAAUACAAACAAAGAUCAAAGGAGACAUUGGGGAUGUGGCGGGGGCUGUUUUUGACAAAAUAAGGAAGAUUCAAGACGGUAUAGAUCAUGAUCACGAAAGUGAGGCUGACUACGGUCGAAAGGACAAAGCUAAAGGCCUCAAGGCUUUGGUGAAGGAAUUUGAUACCAGUAUCAAAGGUGAGCUUGGAAACCUUAACGAAACUGUCACUACUCAAGUGUUUAAGAAGGUCCAGGCUCCGGGCUUUCUUGCUACAAGUUCACCUAUUUACGCGAUCGGGAACGAGCUCAUGAACGCUUUCUACGGGACGUAUAAAACACUCCACGGCGGUGUGCUUAACAACAGUUCAAACCAAGAUAUACUUAAAGCGCAAUUCCCGGACGGGGGAUAUCAUAGAGUUAAUAUUGAUAAAAAGAUUUUCGGCGGUUAUGCUAAUUACGUUAACCAAGAAAGCCUGGAAAAGGCAGCCCAAGACACCGAUCAGCUAAAAGGCGCCCUUCCAGAGAAGAUCAGGAAAAUCCGAGAUGAGGUGACCGGCGCAUUAACGACGAUUGACGAUUUCAAUGAUCAGGCCAUAGUGAAAUUCACGGAAGUCAGUUCCAAUCUCAGUAACCUGUGUUAUGCUGUUAGGAACGCCGCUGCAGACGGUAAAGAUAGUGCGAAAACAAAACUUAUUCUCCUGAAAGAAACAUACUUCGCAGAGUCCACAAGUGCCCAAAACAGCAUUAACAAAAUCCACAGUGACCUCAGUGAGCUGCAAAAAAAGCUGGAAAGCGGUCCCAUCAAGGAGGCCAAAAGAUAUCUUUCGCACGUAGAUCACUCGACUACUGCAACAAUCAACCUGCUGGGAAACCAUGUCAAACGUGAAAUAGAAACAGCGCAGGAAGCUCUUACUACCCAUGCGACAAGGCAGUACGUUAACGCCUUGAAAACUCUGCUCACCGAGUUCGCCGAAAAGCAGAGAAAGGUAUUGGAAGGAUUGCCGGACGAAAUAGAGAAAGAUUUGAAAAUCGGCUACAAGGGCUUUAUGGCAAAAUUAGGAGAGCAGUUUGUUAAGAAGGUGGAACAAAUUAAGACUAUUGAGUAA